GCGCAUGCGCCGGGCAGGCAGGGGCGGGCCGGGGGCGCGCGCCCAGCGAGCUGGAUGUCCGGACUGCGGGCGCUGCUGGGGCUCGGGCUGCUGGUUGCGGGCUCGCGUCUGCCGCGCGUCAGAGUCCAGGCCAGCGCCUGUCGCGCGGGACCCACCUGGUGGGGGCCGCAGCGGCUGAUCUCGGGUGACCUCAGGGACCCAGAAGUCAUGGCGAGUUCAGCGGUGAAGUACCUGAGCCAGGAGGAGGCCCAGGCGGUGGACCAGGAGCUGUUUAAUGAGUACCAGUUUAGCGUAGACCAACUUAUGGAGCUGGCUGGACUGAGCUGUGCCACAGCCAUUGCCAAGGCAUAUCCACCCACGUCCUUGUCCAGGAGCCCGCCUACUGUCCUGGUCAUCUGUGGCCCCGGGAAUAAUGGAGGAGAUGGCCUGGUCUGUGCUCGACACCUCAAACUCUUUGGCUACCAGCCAACCAUCUAUUACCCUAAAAGACCUAAUAAGCCACUCUUCACUGCACUGGUGACCCAGUGCCAAAAAAUGGACAUCCCUUUCCUUGGUGAAAUGCCUCCAGAGCCCAUGCUGAUUGAUGAACUAUAUGAGCUGGUGGUGGAUGCCAUCUUUGGCUUCAGCUUCAAAGGUGAUGUUCGUGAGCCAUUCCACAGCAUCCUGAGUGUCCUGCAUGGACUCACUGUGCCCAUUGCCAGCAUCGACAUUCCCUCAGGAUGGGAUGUGGAGAAGGGAAACUCUGGAGGCAUCCAGCCAGACUUGCUCAUCUCCUUGACAGCACCCAAAAAGUCUGCAACCCAGUUUACCGGUCGCUACCACUACCUGGGGGGUCGUUUUGUGCCACCUGCUCUAGAAAAGAAGUAUCAGCUGAAUCUGCCACCCUACCCUGACACUGAGUGUGUCUACCGUCUGCAGUGAGGGAAGGUGGGUGAGCAUUCUUCCCAAUAAAGACUUAGUGCCUCUCUCCCAGAGAGCUCUUCUGGCAAUAAAGGUUAAGAGAUGACAGGA